UGUCAAUUUCACCUAGGGAUUUGGUCAUUGCUCAAUACUCUAUAUUAUAUAGAUUCCCUCCGUGUUCAAUUUUUGUCUUCAGAACCCAAAAAGAUUGAGUUUCCGUAUUAUAGUCCAAUCAUUUUCCCAAACUCUGUUCGUCGGUUGUACAUCUCGUCAUUCAUAAUUUAUUCCAACUUCUAUCUACCGUACCUCCUCGUGUUCAUCCUUUUGUUGUAGAUGGCAUUGGGGAGAAGGAGUGGACUCUUUGCUCUUGAAAAGCAUUUUGCUUUCUAUGGAGCAUACCACAGCAACAAAAUUAACAUAGCAAUCCACGUGUUGUUUGUUUGGCCAAUUUUUUUCUCGGCCCUUCUUAUUCUCUAUUUUGUCCCUCUCCCUCCCUUAUUCAACCUUCAAAACUUGGAGUUUUCCAUGUGGGAGAACUAUGUGAUAUUGGUUUGGAAUGUUGGGUUUUUGGUUGCUUUGCUCUACUCAGUUUUCUAUGUUUCUUUGGAUCUGAAAGCUGGCUCUUUGGCUGCUUUGCUUUGUGCUCUUUGUUGGAUUGGUAGUAGCUUUGUUGCAAGCCAACUUGGGUUGUCUCUAGCUUGGAAGGUUGUUCUUGUGGUUCAGAUAGUAUGUUGGACAGGGCAGUUCAUUGGUCAUGGAGUAUUUGAGAAACGAGCUCCUGCUCUUUUGGAUAACCUCAUUCAGGCCUUUGUAAUGGGUCCUUUCUUUGUAUUGCUAGAGGUUCUCCAGACUUUAUUUGGUUAUGAGCCAUAUCCAGGAUUUAAUUCAACAGUGAAAGCAAAAGUUGAAGCCAACAUAAAUGAGUGGCAAGAAAGUAAGCAGAAACUAAUAUCUUAGCUUCUUCUUAAGUUUGUGCAUCUUUAAAAGUUAAAUGAUCUCCCCCAACAGAGGAAGAAUAAAAGCUACAAAUGAUCAUAUAUGUAUGGUACUAGGGUAUAUAUGCCUUUCAGGAUAAUUGUGUAUAUGCCUUGUAUAUUUGUUGAGAAGACACAGUAUAUCAUAUUAUCAUGGGCAUGCUACUAUGUUAUUCUAAUAGAAGCAUCGACUCUGUAUUUUGUUCGUGUGGUUUGAAUACUCUCUUUGGACGUGGCAAUAUAUGAACAGGUGAUUGUGUAAAAAUGUUUACACUAACAUUUGAUUGCUCAAAAUUAAUUGGUAUAGGAAAUAACAUUUAUCGUGGUCCCUA